AUGCGUGGUGGUCCCAUUGGCCCUGCCCAUGGUGGUCCCACUCCUGAUGAACGCAUCCAUGGCGGCCCCAUCCUUGGUGAUCCUAUCCAAGGCGGAUGCAUGGGCCCUCCCCACGGCCGACGCGAUGGUCCCCAAAAUUGGCGUGUCUCGGACAUCUACUGCUGCAAACUCACAGUGCCGCUAAUAUUGUCAGUUUGUUGCCGUGGUUGUCAUGGUGAACCCGCAGUGCUUACACGGCUCUACACCUUGUGUUUUCCACCUAAGCAACGUUUUGCAGAUUCAAACAUGUUGCUGUCGCGCUUGCGACCCGCAAAGAAGAAACAGCAGGCGGUGGCACGACCAAGGACUGAGCAGCAAAUCCCAGAUCUUGAUGAGUUUUUAUUGAAAAGAGACUAUGCAGCUGCCAUAUCUCUUCUUGAGUUCAAGCAAAAGAAUGGCGAAAAGAAUGAAACCACUGAUCUAUGGCUUGGCCAUUGCUAUUUCAGAUCUGGAGACUAUAAGAAGUCCUUAGAAGUAUACGAAGGCAUGAAAAAUAAUGGAAGUGAAAAUCCCGAGCUACCAGUAUAUCUUGGAGUUUGUUACUUCUACCUGGGAAUGUACGAAGAUGCAAAAGCUGCAGCAGAGAAAGCGCAACGAACUCCGCUUCAAAACAGAUUACUAUUCCAUGUCUCACAUAAACUUGGUGAAGAGAAGCGAUUGAUGGCACAUCAUCAGCUUUUAGGGCAGAAUAUCCUCGAAGAUCAGCUGUCACUGGCAUCGAUACACUACAUGAGAAUGCAUUAUACAGAAGCCAUUGAAGUCUAUAAGUCAAUCUUACAGGAGCAUACAAAUAUGAUUGCUCUCAAUGUUUACAUGGCGAUGUGUUAUUACAAAAUGGACUACUUUGAUGUAGCACAGGAAGUGCUGGCAGUAUACCUUAGAUCAUAUCCUGACAGCCCUGCAGCGCUCAACCUCAAAGCUUGUAUAACCUUCAAAACUUACAAUGGAAAAGCAGCUUUGCCAGAAGUGGAAGUGCUCCAGAAGGCGACCUUGUAUCCAGCUGCUGCGGACCUUUUGCGUCAUAACACGGUAGUAUUCAAAGAUGGAGACGGUGCUAUGCAAGUCUUUCCGGGACUAAUGGAUACGCUGCCCGAAGCAAGAGUGAAUCUCAUCCUUUAUCACCUCAAGAGAGAAGACGUUGACAGCGCCAUGACUUUGUGCAACGACUUGGAACCCCAGUCAACUACAGAAUUUCUUGUCAAAGCCAUUACAUUUGCCUACUGGGGGCAAUUGAAAGAUUCGAAGGAUCAUCUCAAAACGGCUGAGCAGUUUUUCAAGAUGGUCGGAGAGUCGCCUUAUGACACAGAUACAAUUCCCGGGCGCCAGAGCAUGGCUUGUUCGCUCUUCCUCAGUGGACAAUAUGAAGACGCUCUAGUCUAUUUGAACUCAAUCCAGGCUUACCACCACAAUGACGACGUGUUCUCCUUCAAUAUCGCUCAAACAGAGAUGCAGUGCGGAAUGUGGAAAGAGGCUGAAGAACAUUUUUUGGCUAUCACUGGUCCAGACAGGGACAAACCAACAUAUAAAUUUAUGCUAACUAAAACUUUUAUCAUGAACCACAAACCACAGCUCGCAUGGGACAUUUACACAAGGUCUACAGAUCCAAAAGAAUCAUUUAAUAUCCUGAGAAUUAUCGCUAUGGACUGCUACUCAGUUGGCGAAUUUUACUUUGCUGCGAAGGCUUUUGAUGGUUUGGAGAAGAUUGAUCCUUCACCUGAAAACUGGCAAGGAAAGCGAGGAGCUACCAGCGGUCUUUUCAAGAUGCUUGUGCAAGGAAGAGCUACAAACGAGCAAAUGUCGGAGAUUCUGCAACUGCUCGAUCGAGGAAAUCAUCCACAAGCAGAUUUUGUUUCUUCUACAAUACGAAAAUGGGCCAAAGCGCACCAGGUCAAUUUGGAGUAG